AUGACUUAUCCGGACCCCCGUGACCCGCCACGUUUUUUCCAGACGUGGCGCGUGAAAACGCAGCCGCCCUCGACGGAUCCGCCGGAGAUCGAGCCGGUGGAGGAGUUUUGGGGCAACGCGGCUGAAGCUGCAGAAACGGCGCCGUUUCGAGUGGUGACGCUGUCCACAGAUCCACCCGAGAUCGAAGAGUCGGUUCGGGAGGACGGGACCCAGUGGUGGUCAAAGGCCGAGGUGCAUGAGGGCUGGCCCACGUCUUGCGAGCCAAGCCCUGUGGAGCCCUCCGUUGAAGCGAAGCCGUCCGUUGAGGGCUGGCCCACGUCUUGCGAGCCAAGCCCUGUGGAGCCCUCCGUUGAAGCGAAGCCGUCCGUUGAGGGCUGGCCCACGUCUUGCGAGCCAAGCCCUGUGGAGCCCUCCGUUGAAGCGAAGCCGUCCGUUGAGGGCUGGCCCACGUCUUGCGAGCCAAGCCCUGUGGAGCCCUCCGUUGAAGCGAAGCCGUCCGUUGAGGGCUGGCCCACGUCUUGCGAGCCAAGCCCUGUGGAGCCCUCCGUUGAAGCGAAGCCGUCCGUUGAGGGCUGGCCCACGUCUUGCGAGCCAAGCCCUGUGGAGCCCUCCGUUGAAGCGAAGCCGUCCGUUGAGGGCUGGCCCACUGCUUGCGAGCCAAGCAGUCAGCCCGUCGAAGCGGCUUCGCCGCCCGUUGAGGCGGAACCUCAGGCUUCUGCACAGGCCGCUGGCGUGGAGGAAGCCGAACCUCGUCGUGCCGGUGCCAACGAAGUCAUCCCAUUGCCAGAUGCCGCGCCGGAGGACCUGCCGCUGCCAAAAGAGAUGUUUUACCAAGAGCAGGACGGGCCCUGGUGGGAGCCGCCCGAGGACGAGCCCGACGAGGUGGAACCAGGGGAUUUUGAUAUUGCGAUGUCAUAUCUGGUGUUUUUCCAAAAAAGGUGA